GCAAGAUGGCUCCUCAUAUAAAAACAGUCUUCUGGGUUGCUCUCAACGUGCAACAAAAUAACUCUUUACAGCUUAUCAGGUUAAAAUAUUUAUCAUCGAAGAGUUCUGAAGGGUAACUUGAGCUAUACAUUGAUAUGCGUAUGGUUCUUGGCGAUAUCUUGUGGGUGAAGAUACCGAAGAGACAAGAGGGACAACUUUGAAGCCAUGAAUUGGUGGUGAACUCACUCUCUUCGGUAGACAGAGUUGGGGUGGUCAGCACACAUCCUGGGCCUCAGCUAGCUAGCGGUAGCCGCUAACUAGCAAAUGACUUCAUCUACUGUUAUCUGCCGCAUUGGAAACGUUAAACAGCAGAGAGGGAAAAGUCUCAAAUUACUGGUUGGCUGUUGAAUGUGGGACGUGAAAGGCCAUUCAAUAAUUGACCAUGGCUGUAUCAAGACUAGAUCGCUUGUUUAUCCUGCUUGACACCGGAACAACACCAGUAACCAGGAAAGCAGCAGCCCAGCAGCUUGGAGAAGUGGUCAAACUCCACCCACAUGAACUCAAUAACCUCCUAUCAAAGGUCUUGACCUACCUAAGGAGUCCCAACUGGGACACUCGUAUCGCAGCUGGCCAAGCAGUAGAGGCCAUUGUGAAGAAUAUUCCUGAGUGGGACCCAGCCCCCAAGCCUAAAGAAGAGUCUUGUGAAGACCUGUCUCCAGAGGACUCCUCUUGUGACCGGUUGACUUUCUACCACUUUGAUAUCUCCCGUCUACUCAAACACGGGGCCUCUCUGCUGGGAUCUGCUGGCGCUGAGUUUGAGCUGCAGGAUGAAAAAACUGGUGAGAUGGACCCGAAGGAACGUCUCGUCCGCCAGAGAAAGCUUCUUCAGAAGAAGUUAGGUCUGGACAUGGGUGCUGCAAUCGGCAUGGACACAGAGGAGCUGUUCAACGAUGAGGACCUAGACUAUACCUGCCAACCCAGUGGGCUUAGAGCCCAUGGAAGCAAAGCCACAGCUGGAUCCAGCUCCCGCAACCACGUGCCCCUUCAGGCUGCUGAGUUGAUUGACUCAGAGUUCCGCCCAGGCAUGAGCAGUCGUCAGAAGAAUAAGGCUAAGAGGAUGGCCAAGCUAGUGGCCAAACAAAGAUCCAAAGACAUGGAUCCAAAUGAAAAGAGUAACGACAGUUUUGAGGGUGAACCUGAAGAGAAACGAAGGAAAACCACCAAUGUAGUUAUUGACCAACCGGCAACAGAGCAUAAAGUCUUAAUCGACAACGUUCCAGAUAACUCAAGUCUUUUAGAGGAGACACACGAGUGGCCUCUGGAGAGCUUCUGUGAGGAGCUCUGCAAUGACCUCUUUAAUCCGUCAUGGGAGGUUCGUCAUGGUGCAGGCACAGGUCUUAGAGAAAUCCUCAAGUCCCAUGGUGCUGGGGGUGGAAAGCUGGUGGGAAGCACUGCAGAACAGAUGUUGCGGCAGCAUCAGGAGUGGAUAGAGGACCUGGUCAUCCGGCUGCUCUGUGUCUUCGCUCUGGACCGCUUUGGAGAUUUUGUAUCCGAUGAGGUGGUGGCUCCUGUCAGGGAGACGUGUGCCCAGACGCUCGGUGUGGCCCUUCGCCAUAUGAAUGAGAGUGGUGUUUCCAUGACAGUUGACGUCCUGCUGACGCUGCUAAAAGAAGACCAGUGGGAGGUCCGUCACGGAGGCCUGCUCGGGAUCAAGUAUGCCCUGGCUGUCCGACAGGACCUGAUCUCUGUUUUACUGCCCCGGGUGCUCCCAGCCGUCACUGUAGGCCUACAGGACCUAGAUGAUGAUGUCAGGGCCGUGGCAGCUUCAGCCCUCAUCCCUGUAGUGGAAGGCUUGGUACAGCUACUGCCCAAUAAGGUACCCUUCAUCGUGAACACACUAUGGGAUUCUCUUUUGGACCUUGACGACCUCACUGCUUCCACCAACAGCAUCAUGACAUUGCUGUCCUCGCUGCUCAUCUACCCGCAGGUUCGACAGUGCAGCAUGCAGCAGUCAUUAACAGUCCUGGUCCCUCGGGUUUGGCCGUUCUUGAGGCACACUAUAUCAUCAGUAAGACGGGCAGCAUUGGAAACCCUUUUCACGCUGCUGUCUAAAGCUGACCAGAGCUGUGCAAUUUGGAUCAACCCCAUCCUACAAGAUAUGCUCCGGCACAUCUUCCAGUCCUGCAUACUGGAGAGCAAUGAGGAAAUACUUGAACUGAUCCAAAAGGUGUGGAUGGAGCUGCUGUCGCAGGCCCCUCAGCAGUACGUGGUAGCAGCCAGCUGUCCAUGGAUGGGCGCCUGGCUUUGUCUCAUGAUGCAGGCCUCACACAUUCCCAUAGACCUGAACAUGCUCCUGGAAGUGAAGGCCCGCUCCAAGCAGGAUAAGGCUGGUUCAAAGGGACGUCAGGGGACGAGUCAGGUGAAGGAAACGGUCCAGGAGUAUAUAGCAGGUGCAGAGACGGUGACGGAUGACCCAGUGACGAGGGACUAUGUUGUGGUUCGUGCUCGCCUCAUGGCUGCCAAAUUGCUGGGAGCUCUGUGUGGGUGUAUCUGUGACCCUCAGCUCAAUGCUGCAUCUCAGGAGAUCCGACCAGCUGAGUCUUUAGGCCACCUGUUGCUUUUCCACCUCAACUCCAAGUCAGCCCUGCAGCGCAUAGCUGUGGCUCUGGUGCUUUGUGAGUGGGCUGCAGUGCAGAAGGAUUGUCAGGUGGUGUCAUCCAUGGUGCAGCCUCGUCUUUUGGCUAUUCUGUCAGAGCAGUUGUACUAUGAUGAGAUUGCCAUCCCCUUCACACGCAUGCAAAAUGAGUGCAAGCAGCUCAUUGCACUGCUAGCUGAUUCCCACAUAGACUUGCAAGACCGCCUCAAUUGUAGCGUUUUCACUAUUGAUCAAGCCAAUGAACUGGUAACCACCAUCUUUACAGAGUCAACAGCGGGUCUGAAUGUGACGUCCAAACAGUGGCAGGCACUGGACAGUAAACGACAGCAGGCUCAAGCAACAGUGACUGAGACCAACACAGAAUGGCAGCAACUGCAUCUGCGCGUCCACAUGUUCACAGCCUGUGCAGUGAUUAACCUGCAGGUGCUUCCUGACAAGCUCAACCCACUGGUCAGGCCUCUGAUGGAGACCAUCAAGCGGGAAGAGAACACCCUGAUCCAGGGAUAUGCUGCUUCUUUUAUAGCCAAGCUGUUGCAGCAGUGUGCUGGACGCUCGCCCUGCCCCAACCCCAAGAUCAUCAAAAACCUCUGUGCCUCGGCCUGCGUGGACUCUGCGACCACACCCUCAUCUGCUUGUCCCGUACCCCCCACACAGGAAAAUGCCAAAGGCGUUGGGUUGGAGAAAGACUGCAUGCAUCACAUGGUCAACAAAACCAGAGGCAUCAUCACCCUGUACCGUCACCAAAGGGCAGCGUUUGCCAUCACCAGUAAGAGGGGGCCAGCCCCUAAAGCCCCAAAGACCCCCACCACAGAGCUUCCUCCUGGCAGCACCAUCAGCACUGAUAAUGAUGAGGUACAGAGGGCUACUAAAAGCAAGAAGCCAUUUCUUAUUCAAAGACGAGGGGCAGAGUUCUCCCUAACAACGGUUGCCAGGCACUUCGGUGCAGACCUCACCAAGUCUCUGCCAUACCUAUGGGAGAACACAGUGGGCCCACUGAGGACAGUGGUGACUGAAAAUCAAUGCAUUGAUAGGCAGGCCCAGCUGGAGAGGGGAGACACUACAGCUCAGGAACUGGUCAACUCUCUACAAGUGCUAGAAGUCAUGGCUGGGGCCAUGGCUGCUGAACUCAAACCUUUGCUACUGGAGCACCUUCCCCAUCUGUUCACCUGCCUGCAGCACCCAUACACAGCAGUGCGUCACAUGACAGCACGCUGUGUGGGUGUGCUCAGUAAGAUAGCAAUGCUGGAGACCAUGAACAGUUUCCUUGAGUGUGUACUCCCCUGGUUAGCUGAUAUUGGUGACUGCACCAAACAGGAGGGCGCCAUCGAGGCUUUAGCCUGUGUCAUGGAGCAGCUGGAUGUAGACAUUGUACCCUACAUUGUGCUGCUUGUAGUACCAGUGCUGGGCCGUAUGAGUGACCCCAGUGAUAGCAUUCGUUUCAUGGCCACACAGUGCUUUGCUACACUCAUCCGCCUGUUGCCCCUAGAGGCAGGUAUACCGGACCCUCCAGCCAUGUCCGCUGACCUGAUCCGCCAAAAGGCCAGAGAACGCCACUUCCUGGAGCAACUACUGGAUGGCAGAAAACUGGAGAACUACAAGAUCCCUGUGCCCAUUAAGGCUGAGCUCAGGAAGUACCAGCAGGAUGGAGUGAAUUGGCUGUCCUUCCUGAACAAAUACAAGCUGCACGGGAUCCUGUGUGAUGACAUGGGCCUCGGCAAGACGCUGCAGUCCAUCUGCAUUCUGGCAGGAGAUCAUUAUCUCAGAGCACAGGAAUUUGCUAAGACUAAGGCUGCAGACUGCAGCCCCAUGCCCUCUCUGGUGGUGUGUCCUCCCACACUGACUGGCCACUGGGUGGAUGAAGUGGGCAAGUUCUGCGCCAAAGAGUACCUCAACCCACUGCACUACACUGGGCCUCCUACAGAACGAAUGCGGUUGCAACACCAAGUUAAAAAACACAAUCUUAUAGUAGCCUCUUACGAUGUUGUACGGAAUGACAUCGACUUUUUUAGAAAUAUAAAAUUUAAUUACUGUAUCCUUGAUGAGGGUCAUGUCAUCAAGAACGGGAAAACCAAACUUUCUAAAGCCAUUAAGCAAUUGGCUGCCAACUUCCGAGUCAUCUUGUCAGGAACGCCCAUUCAGAACAAUGUCCUGGAGCUCUGGUCGUUGUUUGACUUCCUCAUGCCAGGCUUCCUUGGAACAGAACGGCAGUUUGCUGCUCGCUACGGUAAACCAAUCCUGGCUAGCCGUGACGCCAAAAGUUCCUCACGGGAACAGGAGGCAGGUGUCCUGGCGAUGGAGGCCCUGCAUCGACAGGUGCUUCCCUUCCUUCUGAGAAGGAUGAAGGAGGAUGUCCUGCAGGACCUUCCUCCUAAAAUAAUUCAGGACUAUUACUGCAACCUGAGUCCUCUACAGGUUCAGUUAUAUGAAGACUUUGCAAAGUCUAGAGCCAAGGCCAGUGUGGAGGACAGCAUCUUUACAGCCUCUACAGAAGAGGAAGAAAAGCCUAAACAGAAGGCCACGGGCCACGUCUUCCAGGCGCUGCAGUACCUGCGAAAGCUGUGUAACCACCCGAGCUUGGUCUUGACCACGCAGCAUCCGGAGUACAAACACAUUAUUGAGCAGCUGGCAGGUCAAAACUCCAGCCUGCGGGACAUUCAGCACGCACCCAAACUCUCCGCUCUCAAACAGUUGCUGUUGGACUGUGGUCUUGGUGGUGGUGGAGGAUCAGAGGGGGGCACUGAAGCAGUGGUGGCCCAGCACCGUGUGCUAAUUUUCUGUCAGCUAAAGAGUAUGCUGGAUAUUGUGGAGCAUGACCUGCUGAAACCCAAACUGCCCUCUGUCACCUACCUGAGGCUAGACGGCAGUGUGCAGGCCGGCCUGCGCCACUCCAUCGUUUCCAGGUUUAACAAUGACCCAUCCAUUGACGUGCUGCUGCUAACCACUCAUGUUGGAGGUCUGGGUCUGAACCUGACUGGUGCAGACACUGUGGUGUUUGUGGAACAUGACUGGAACCCCAUGAGGGAUCUGCAGGCCAUGGAUCGUGCCCAUAGGAUAGGACAGAAACGGGUUGUGAACGUGUACAGGCUGAUCACACGAGGCACACUGGAGGAGAAGAUCAUGGGUCUGCAGAAAUUCAAGAUUAGCAUCGCCAACACUGUCAUCAGCCAAGAGAACGCCAGCCUGCAGAGCAUGGGCACAGACCAGCUCCUCAACCUCUUCACUCUAGACAAGGGUGAGAAGGGUGAGCAGUCGCCGUCAACCUCAGGGAAGGCCUCCAUGAAGUCUGUGCUGGACAACCUGGGAGAGCUAUGGGACCAGCAGCAGUACGACACGGAGUACAACCUGGACAACUUCAUGCACUCUCUGCAGUAGCGCUGUGUGACCCCACGCAGCCUCCAUCUGCUGGCCGAGCAGGACCUGGUCAGAGCCCGAGGAGGACCCCCCUACUGCUGCAGUUAUCUGCCCCACACUCAAACCCACCCCCAUCUUACACAAGAUGGCUACAAGGAGUCACUGAUGGCUCAUAGUUACAUGUCCCAAAGCAAUAACUAAAACACAGCCAAAAUAAGAACUAAAUCUGUUUUAGUGCUUUCAUAUCGAUACGUAUGCUGCAACAAUAUUAAAACAUUUUUCUUCUGAUGUUUCUGAACAUUGUCAAGACAUCCCAUAAUGUACUGUUGAGACAAACCACCCAGGUUUUCAACAAGUCCUCCACUAUAAGAGAAUAUAAUGGUAUAAUGAUGUAUCAUCGGCGACAAACCUCUCCAGUGUUCGUUUACAUCAUCUACAUUAGUCAACAGCGGCAUCACCACUGUGUACAAUGAUGUUGCUGUAGUCUCUCAAGCAAACAGUGUAUCAUAAUUAUAGUUGUCCUUUAUAGUUCCAGCACCAGGUGCUACUUUUACAGCCCGCUGCCCUCCUCCCAUGAUGCAUUGCCAGAGUAUACAGUGUUAACUGCUUAACAGACACGAUUACCCAGUUGCACCUCCCUCCUAUCUGCCAUCCCACCCCCUCACAAGGUCUUAAAAGCACUGCGAUACAGCAGCCACACCUGUCAACGCCUCUGCGACUGAUGGAUACAAACGUGUUUUUGUACAACAAAGGGAAACGGGGCGAGAGUGACGAGCUCGCUGGAGAAACCACAGGAUGUCAUCACAGCGUACUGGCUUUUUAUAACACACUGGUGACUGCUGAGCUCAGGAGCUGUUUGUGCUAUGACAUGAUGACUCCCAUUCUCCAGAUGGCGCUAGUUGUUACUUGCCCCCAGGAGAGUCUGUUCACAUGACCUGUGGCCAUCGAGAGGCUUUGGUGAAGAAAUGACUGAAUCUGCGUGUCCAGCUCUUCCAAAUGUGGUGUAAAAAUGAGCUGGGAAAGCACUGCACUUGAAGCAGCAUUACAGACUGAACAUGGGGCCAAGCUGAAACUGGUACCUGAAACUUGCCACAAGUGUUUUAAAAAUUCAGAAUAGACUUGUACAUAUUCUGUACUUGCUGCUUUUUUCUUUGAUUGUGGAAUUGUAAUAAAUUCUACAGACCUUUGAACUACA